AACACAUUCGUUUCCUGUGUCUGUCUACGUACUACUGACUGCUGCUGCCCUCAGGUGGUGGGAGAUGGGGGAGACUGUGACUCUGAAUGUGGGCGGUUGUGUGUACAGCACGUCUCUGUCCACGCUGCAGUGUUAUCCAGACUCCAUGUUGGAAGCCAUGUUCAGAGGACUUUCCUACUGUGAAAAAUACACAUGGAGGCUGCUGAAUCAUGAGCUCAGGCUGCUUGUCUUCUACCAUCCCAUGAGGUGUUCCAACAGGUUUUGCAGGAAGCCUGGCGUCCUUAGGGUCAUCCUGAGGCUGGGAGGCCAAAGAGUUUGUUGGAUAGCAAGCAUGUAUCCUCCACUGCUGAAUUUGUAUUGAGUUGCUGUCUUCUUGGAAUUUCAUACACAAAUCUCUCCUCAGGGUAGGCUAGAUAGGUGACUUGUCCUCAGACCACGAGUGUUAAUCAAAGAUUUGAGAGUGACUUGGCCUGCAGACUUUGAGUUUGUCCAGUUCAGAUUCUUUGGAUUUGGAUAGGUCACUACAAGGGAGUAGGAGAUAGCGUUUGGGUGGGACCACCUCUACUGAUAUACUACACCUUAUACCCAUGUAGGUCUCCCAUCCUUUCUAGAACUCUGUACAGUUGACUCCCACUUAUGAGUUUUUGUUUAUUUCACAACCUCAGGUUCCUCACUAACCCUCUAUCACCUUCCUCUAGCGUUGACUCUCGGUUUUUAUGGUUUUGACAGAGCGGUGUUUGUUCCAAUCAGCAAACUUUUGUGAAUUCCUAGUGGCAAUCUGAUAACUCUCCUUGAGGAGUGCUUUCAGAUUCUUCACAUAUUCGGAGUGAAAUUUAGGUGUGCCAUAAGUAGACAGAACGCAAUGUCCAUUGGUAGCCAAACAGGAACUAAUAUGGGCUAAAGCCAGUGACGUUGUCCUUGGUGCACUUACAAGCAAGUUACUUUUCUAUUAGUCUUUUAAGGUUUUUCAACAUGCCUAAAAGUGUUCGAAUAAGCCGCUCUAUUGGGUUUCCUCUCAAAAUCCCUACCCUGAUCACUUAACAACUGUUCCUGACACCCAUAGCUGGUCCCAAAGAGUUUCAACAACAGUUGUAGCCUUCUGAUCUGAAUUGGUAUGGCAACUGUUUACUUGGUAAAAUGAUCUGUUAUAACCAAGUUGUGUCUGUUGGGCUCUAGUGGUAAGUAAUACAUUCAUACCAGAUCCAUUGGACAAGUUGUCUGAAUAUUCACAAGAGGUGCUCAUUUUUCUGCCUGUCUUUUCCUUCUAAUGUCUGCAUGACUUGAUUUUUCUCUCUCCAUCCACAGCCACUUUGGCCAAUAAAAUUGUGACCUGACCAAGUCCAAGGUUCUUUCAAACCCAUAUGCCCCACAUCUGCAUGUAUGCAUGUGAGAAUGAUGGGCCUGAAAGAAUUAGGGGCAACGGCAACAAACUGCCUCCGCCUCUCUUCCCUGGUCUGUCUUUCACACCGCCGUUGUUGCAGCCAUUUUACCGUGGACUGUCGGCACAGAGACGAGUGGAGGAUGCGGAGACAGCAGCAUUAAAAGGAAUACAAACAUGGCUGACGCGGUGCAAGAUACCGUGGUUGGCCGGCCAUUGGCAUUCACCAAUGAAGAGAGGAGGGCUGUUCACUCUUGGUCUCGAAUCUCAUCAGCAGGGCACAGUGUCCUUCUAGAUGCUCUGAAGAUCCUCAGUCCGAUGUCACGUGAUCUCUCGAGCACUGAGGAGCUAGUCACCUUCAUGCAGGAGCUGAAUGAAGAGGGCCACAAGCCCACUGUGCUGCGCAGCAAGGAUGUGUAUGGCUACCGCUCCUGUACAAGCCAACCUAUGACUGAAGACAUGCUAAAGCCAUCCAACAAACAUGUUAGACCCUCUGCCAAAAGGAGAGGAAGAAGAGGCCUAACCAAGAAGAGAGAGGUACACCCAUCCUGGAGCUGCUCUGAGAAGAGCAAUCCCAGAAUCCAAGGCGUCCGCCCUCUAGAGCUGCUGGUAGAUCAUCGCACCAUUGCCUGCAGCAGGACCACCAUUCGGACUCCAGACAAGUUGCAUGCACUGCAGGUGCAGCCUUGUCUCCGAUUGACCAAUAUUGAAGGCCUGUCAGGCUGCCACACAGCAAGACUGCAGAUCCACACGACCUGGGACUCGUCCUCUGAAGCACCCCCUGUUGCCUUUUCAAAGCAACAUUACCCUCCAACGCUUUCAGGAAUACCUUUACAGCCUUCUCAGAAUGGUGUUGGGGUGCCCACCAAAGCUGUGGCCUUGUUCAGCCAGAAGAGCCUGUCCUGCCCCAACCGACCGGACGGUGCCCUCAUUGGAGAUUCUGCACCAGUCUUCUAUGCUAACGGUCGGGUGUUUCCACAGACUCAUACAGAGCUGACCAGCAACGGCUGGAGGAGCAAUGGCUUCCACCAAGACAGUCGGGGGCCUAAAGAACUGAACAGCAUGCCUCGGCAGAGAAGAAGCUGGAAGGACAAGAAGGGCUUUAGAUGGAAAGUGAUAAAAGUGGAUUACUCUCGAUCAGUAGCCGAGGCCCGCAGAAAGGCACAGAAGAUCUUACAGGUCAAUCUUUCUCCGGUGAUUCAGAUCCAACCUCUCAAUCAUCUGCUGAGAGACUUCAGAUACCAGAAUAACUGACUAGUUCUCCCCAAACCCCACACACAUUGUGUUUGUAGCAGAUGUUAGUGUUUUACAUCCAGUAGCCUCUACCUGGCUGAGCCUAAGUGUUCAUAGCAGACAUCAUACAUGGCAAGGUUUUGUGUCGACUGUGAAAAUGUUCAAGCUACACAAUACUAAAGCCAACUAUCUCUCUGCCAGCUAGCCAAUGCUGGUGAUUAAUUCAUAGACCUACAAGUGAUCCAAGAUCAUUUAUGCAGUUAUGAAUAAUUUGAAGUAUAACACUGUUGUCCCAAAGUAUUUUUACUUGAACAGGUGAAACAGUGCUGUCAGUCAGUGGUGCCCUAUGUUUGACUGCAAGGGAGGAAAUUAAAUUAGUGGCAGAAUAGCACAUUUCCCAUUUCAUGCCCAGAUAACAGGUGGAUUUGCAGGCAGGUUUGAAAGGUCUUCAGACAAAGCAGAUCAGGUGGUUGGUUGGUUCUGGCAAAAUAAAACUUGAAAAGAGGAAAAAGAAAAUUGUUUCCCUUUUUUUUUUUUUUUCUUGUAUUUGUUUCCACUAAAAAUCAGGAAGGUUCUGGAAGUGAGUGCAGCAGGGAAUUGAACUUAAGGCACAAAGUGCUUCAGAAAUUGUUCCUUUUGGUUUAGUUUAUCCAUACAAUGAGAAAAUAUAAAUAGUAUGUUUGACUAUUGUGAACAUUUGAAGUUUCACAGAGACAAAGCAUGAAUCCCAUUAUAGAAAAUAGUGAGUAUAGGGAAAGGGAAUCUAGCGCUGUGAACACACUUAGAAUAAUAUUUAAUAUCUUGGGCUACAUCUAAACUAUUUCAUUUCCAUUAAAAAGAAAUGCAGAAAUUCUGCUCAAUAAAAUUAAGACGUUUGAAAUUAUUGCUUGCUUCAUUUAAUUUGAAAACUCUUGGGCUACAUUUUAGUCUGGACGGGCAGACCUUUACACUGGUACACACCUGCCCAAUUUUACCUGAAUCAUCAUGUGAUGUUUUCAGGUUGUGCUGUUAUGGAUGCAGAUUACUUCUGAUUACUUGUCUGGACACAGAUGAUUUUUAUCUGAAAACAAAUGAAAAUGUAAUAUUAUGGAUGUAGCCUUAAUUGUGAACACAGGAAUUCCUGUUUUAAUCUCAAAGAGCUCUUGUAUUUUCUCAUUGGUAACCUUGGAUUUUAGAAAAUCCCUUUAUUUUUUUUAUUCACAAUUAUUAUUUCUUUUAUUUGGAAUUAUGUAUUUUCCCUCAAAUUAUUAUAUUCCAUAAUUUGGCCUUGGUCCACUUUCACAGGUUUAUGAUGUUUUACAGACACUAACAGAAACUAUUCAAAGUGUGCACUGAGCCUGAGAAAGUAUCAGCUGGUGGUGUUUUGCUGCUCAAGAUUUAUGUUUGCUUGAAAACUUUCUGCACAUUAAUGGGAACCAACCAUCAGUGUCCUGAUGUAUUUUUUGUUUUGUUUUUGUUUUAAAAAUAUUUAUGGCGAGUCAGUGGUCUGUUAAAUUUGUAAUUGCAGCUUAUGAAAGUUUUAUCUCCCAUCAGAGCUUUGCUCUGUUGAUGGUGAGAAUUUUCCAAAAUCUAAGUUUUAGUUAGAAUUCCUCAGCAGUAAUCAGACUGUUGACUCUCCUUAAAACAAAAAAAGCACUUUGAGAGUGUGCAGUGUCACAGUGUUUCACUGACACUUGUUCCAGGUCAUGGAAGUCUUUGGUAUUUUUAUUUCCAGCAUGUAAAAAAUAUUUGAGAUCUCUAAAAUUUGGUUUGACUUUCUUUGAACCCACACUGGUUUUUGCUUCUGGUGCUAACUUUGCAAUGUUGGUGCUGAAUGAAAUGGCUCAAGAAUGUCUGUUUUUCCCCUACGGGUCCUGAUUGGAGCAUCUCGAGCAAUGACUUCCUGUGAAGUAUUUUUUUAGAGGAACUGAUGGCACUGUUGCCCCUGCAGGUUGGGAUGAGCAUGCCAAAUCUGCCUCGUGUGCUUUCCAAAGGGUUUCUACUGUGAGGAACUACUCAAAUCCAUUUAUCUGUGAGAAACUUUGCUUAUUUGUUUAGCAAAUCCAUGCUCCACAAAGUAGAUAAGUUAUUGAGCAUUAACUAUUUUAUGGGGGCUCAGAAAUGUUAGUUUCACAAGAAAUGUAGACUUGAUUCACUUGCUAAUUAUUCGCUGGAGCUUUUACGGAUCAUAAGCUAAUUUAAACCGGAUAAAAGCUCCAGGUAAGAAUUGAUUAUGUUCGGUUUAAAUUACUAAACCAACAUCAACUCAGUAAAGGUAUGAUCAAAAAGAUUUUGGGAAAAAGAAUGAAAAUUAAAGCUGGUUUUAAUGGUUUGCAGUCUGUCCUGGGCCAAUUGGUACAAAUAAAUAAUUAAUUUGUUUUGGAAAUCACAAAACUGUUCCUCUCUUGAAGCUGACACCAUGUCAGUUUUGGGUGGUUGGCUAAACAAAUAGGUUUACUUUCUGAAAGAGACUCUUUUCCUUGCACCCCUUUUGUCUGUUGGCAGUCAUGUUCAUGCCCACCAACAAUUCCCUUUUGUAGAUCUUUCUGUUAGUCUUGUUUGUGCAACACUUGUAUUAUAUUGUAUUUCCUACAUGAUCUUUCAAAAAUUUUGUUCAAUAAAAAGUAAAAAAAUUA